AUGUCAACGUUGCUGGAGCUGGUGUUCUUCGUGAUUUUAGGCGUUUCCGUCAGUGCACGAUAUCGGAAGAGAACAACUAGGAGCUUUUGGAAUUUUCGAGGAGUGGUCACCUGCGUCACCGGCAACACAGCGUCGCUCUACUUUAACUACGGAUGUUACUGUGGACUGGGUGGCAGUGGGAAUCCCGUAGAUGAAAUCGACAGCUGCUGUCAGACGCACGACCUCUGCUAUCAAGCGUUGUCUCAAAACAGACUCUGGGCGUACUUCACCCAUUACUCCUACGAAUGUGUCGAUGGACAUGCACGAUGUGGCGAAGAAAAUUCUGACUUGGCCUACACACUGUGCCUCUGUGACGUUGAUGCUGCGUACUGCUUUAGUCAGCAAAAGUAUCCUGCUUGGAAACCAGCCUGCGAAAUUUAA